CUGUGUGUCUGUGUGUAUGGCAAAAGUGUAUUUGGAAUUUUAUAGAUAAUUUGCGCUCGAAAGUACUCUGUGUUUUGGGAGGGCUAUUGUAAGGAACACUAUGCAGCGUACAGAUUGUGGCAGAAAAAAAAAAGCACAAGAACAGCGAUAAAGCUGUACAGAUGAAGGGAAGGAUAUUCGGUGAGAGCUGGGAGUCACACAUAUGGUUUGUAUUAACUCACAGCUAACCCCAUUCUGAUAGUGUGAGCUCUUCCAAGGCCAUGAAAACAUCAUAAGGGCUGCAAGGCAGGCUUGUACUUUCACUGUAAUACACCUCUGUGUGAGGUGAAUCAGAUAUCUGCUGAUGGUUUGGAGAUAAACCGAGCAGCAAUUUGAGGCUAUUUGAGGUUGUGCUUGCAAAUUCGGUAGAAAAAGCACCGUGUUAAUGGAAUGUGACGCAUGAAAUCAGGUUUAUAGGUCUCGUAGAAAGGGCGAUUAUGAUAAUAAUUGUGAAGGAACAACAGCGAGCAUUGUGACUCGGUGGAGCCGAGGAACUAAUGGUUUUGUUUUGCCUUCUCACACAAAUACAUUCAGAUUCAUUAAGGUCUGUUUGCAUUAGGGGUUUUCUGUUUUAAAAAUAAGUCUAUACAUUAUUAUCAAGCUUAGUGUAAAGUUUCUUUCUAAGUCAUGGGUUUCCUCCAGGUUCUCUGGUUUUCUCCCAUCUGCUAAAACAUCCCAGUUUCUAAUUUGCCCCUCAUUUGUGAAUAGUAGUUCAUAUGAUGCCUUGAAAUGGCCCAGGAUGUACAGUAUUUUAGGUUUUUAGUCAGUAUUUGCAGGAUUGGCUUCAGAUCCACCUCAGUGCUGACCAUAAAGUGGUGAUUGAAGAUGAAUGAAUGAAUGAGCAACUAUGGAGUCCCUUUGUUUCUUUUCAAAUGUCAGGAACCAGGAUGUCAGUCAGAGAUGGGUCAACCGUUGGCCGCUUUCACUCCGCUGCCGAAAGCAACGGACAAGCAAUCCCAGAAACGGAGGUGGUUUCUAAGGAAACAAAGCAGGAAGGAGGAUGUCGUCGUUGGUUACGGAAAGCUUGCCCCUGUUGCUGUCGCCGGCAAAGCAGCUCCUAUUAUUUAACAAAUGAAGCAGACACUGUGGUCAAGGAUGAAGAGAAACCAAUACCCUGCCCCGAGCUUCAACCUCACACAGAAGACAAUGAGCUGGAGGACUUCUCUCUGGUCGUACGCUCCAUGGACCUGCUCAGCUCAAAGACUGGCCCGAAUCGUAAGGAGCACCACACCGAGCAGUACCAUAGCGAUGAGCUCAUCAUUCGCCGAGGCCAGAACUUUCAGAUUAUGCUCGACCUCUCCCGUCCUUUCAACAUCAACAUGGACAAGCUGCAUCUGGAGCUCAAGACCGGCCUGCUGCCACUGGUGUCUAAGGGCACGCACAUCAUCAUUCCGGUCGUCGAAGAGCUGCAGGACCGGUGCUGGGAAGCGAAAAUUGUGGAGCAGAAUGCCAAUCGUAUCAAGCUCUUGAUCAACUCGCCCCCUAAUGCUGUCAUUGGAAAAUAUGAGAUUACAGUCAAGACCCAGAGUACAGGAAGCGAAUCGGUUAAAACGCAUGACUCUGAGAAAGACAUCUACAUUCUCUUCAACCCCUGGUGUGAAGGGGACACGGUGUAUAUGGAUGACGAUGCAGAGAAAAAGGAGUACGUCUUGAAUGACACUGGGAAAAUUUACUACGGCACUGAGAUGCAGAUCGGCGCUCGCACGUGGAACUUUGGACAGUUUCAAGAAGGGGUUCUGGAGGCCUGUUUGUAUGUGCUGGAGAAAAGUGAUGCUCCUUCAUCAGGUCGUGGAGAUCCAGUGAACGUGGUGCGAGUCAUAUCCGCUAUGAUCAAUGCCCCAGAUGACUGUGGUGUUCUGGAAGGAAACUGGUCCGGGAAUUAUGAGGGUGGGACACCUCCUACAGCAUGGAGUGGCAGCGUGGACAUUCUCAAGAAGUAUCACAAGGAUGAAGGAACUCCUGUCAAAUACGGCCAAUGCUGGGUCUUCUCCGGGGUCACCACCACAGUUCUGAGGUGUCUCGGUAUCCCAACUCGAAGCGUAACAAAUUUCCAGUCUGCCCAUGACACCGAUGUCUCCCUGACCACUGAUGUGUUUUUUGACGAGAAUAUGGAGCCAAUUAACAAACUCAACCGAGAUUCUGUGUGGAACUUUCACGUGUGGAACGACUGCUGGAUGGCUCGUCUUGAUUUGCCACCCGGUAUGGGCGGUUGGCAGGCUGUAGACUCGACCCCACAGGAAACCAGUCAGGGGACGUUCCGAUGUGGCCCCGCCUCCAUCGCGGCCAUUCGCACAGGCCAGGUCUACCUGAGGCACGACACGCCUUUUGUCUUUGCUGAGGUGAACAGCGAUAAGAUCUACUGGCAGAGGAAUGUGGAUAAUACUUUCUCUCAGAUUCACAUAGAGAAGAAUGCUGUGGGACACUGCAUUAGCACCAAGGCUGUGGGCUCUGACAAUCGCAGUGACAUCACACACCUGUACAAGCAUCCUGAAGGCUCUGAAGAAGAGCGCAUCGCUGUAGAGACGGCCUGCCGCUAUGGCACCAAGCCAGACAUUUACGCGGUAGCAGCAGCCAAUGACGUGUGUAUGGAGGUCCAUGUGGAAGGUGAGGGGCCACGCAUGGGUUUUGACGCCCACCUUAAGAUCGUUUUGAAGAACCAGAGCGAACAUCCACGCAGGACCACACUGCACAGCCAGGUAGCCGUGAUGUACUACACGGGCGUAUUGAAGAGCACAGUGAAAAGUGAGAAGAUUCCUGUGCAACUCAGUCCCAAUGAAGAAAAAGUGGUAGACUGGGUGCUGCCCUACAAUCUUUAUCAGGACCAGUUGGUGGACCAGGCGGCGCUGAUGCUCACUCUAUCUGGUCGAGUUAAUGAAACCAAGCAGGUGCUGGCUUCUCAGACCAGCUUCAGGCUUCGCACUCCAGACAUCCACAUUGAGCCUCUCGGAGAGACCCAUGUAGGGAAAGAGGCCUCGGCCAAGCUGACAUUCACCAACCCGUUACCGUGCACACUGCGUAAUGUAGUACUGCGAGUGGAAGGUCUUGGACUUAGGAACCUCCAUCCCAUCAAAGUGGGCGAUGUGAGUAAACAUGCCACAGUGACAGUGACGGAGAACUUCAUCCCCACUUUGGCUGGGACGAGGAAGCUGGUGGCUUCUCUGGACUGUAAACAGCUCUCACAGGUGCAUGGCGUCGCCGACAUCAUCGUCAACUAGUGAAUGCAUCGUCUUUAUUGUACACUUUAGUUUUAACACUUAACAUAUACGUCCAUUCGUACUACUUGUAAAAAAACAAAACAAAUUUGAGCCUAAUACUUGAUCAGAUAUGUUUAUAAUUUUUUUACUAUCAGUUACUAAGUCGUUUUAGAGUAGUAAUGAGGCGUUGCUGCUUCUGACCAUUCAUUUUAGAUUAAUACUCUGAUCUCCUAUAUCUAUGAAGAACUUGGUAUUUUUUUUUUAACCUUAAAGACAAUGAAAUAAUUACAGAGUUAAAUGAUUAUGGGUUUAUACUGUAGCAUAGACACUGUCAUUAGAUAUUUAUAUAUAAAAGUUCUAUCUCUAACAUUAUUUAAGUGCAUUGUUUACGGAAAUAGAACAGAAAUCUGGGAUUAAUGUAAUCAAUAUUAAUGAAGACUCGUCUAAUGAAUACAUUUGCAUAUAUUUUUUCAACUUUUUACUAUAGAUUUAACCAAUUAGCAUAACUCUAAUAUAACAAUUUAUCUACAUGCACUUUUUUUUUCAAACGAAUGUUCUAUUUUAUUGUUAAUAAAUUGACUUAUACUACAA